AAUCAAUGCCAGCCAAUAAAUCAACAAAGAAAGAUUACAGCCACAACGUAUCAUUGUAGGGCGGCCCAACAAUCCUGUUCCCGACCUGUCUGUCUGAAACUUCAGCUUUCUGGAGCCAGGGCCAUCCAAUCUGAUGAGAAUAGCAUUCACACCUGACCAUUAAUCUAGACGUGAAGAUGUGCCUCCCAUUCCUGUGUCUAAAUGUGAUAUCUAUACUCCCAUAUGUAUGGUUGCUCACUGUGCCCAUAUAUGGAUCAUUCUGUGGUACAGAAGUUGUCCUAAAGAUGUCACUACUGAUGGCUGUACAUGCUAUUGUUGGUGGAAUGAUUCCAAAGGUCCUUGGUUCAUUGAUUCCAUAUAUCCAGCUUAUCCUCCUUGGAGGGUUAAUGUCUUUGCCUAUAUCUCUGACACCCUACCCACUGGUGUGGAUCUAUGAUAAAGUAUUGUGGUUGUCAAACCCUGCAUGGAUGGCGAUAGAAGCAUACCAGGUGGUUGCCAUGAUAACAAUAAUUAGUCAGAAUCUAGUAGACCAAAUAGAUGAUCAUUCUUUUCUCAUUAAGAGUACAAUACUAGGUCUGUCCGGAUUGUGCUAUAGUACAACAUUCUACUUAGGUUGGGGCCUGUACCAGUCAGAUGUUGCUGGAAUUCAAUGGAUGUUGCUUGUUACCAUAGUGAUGAUAGUCAUGCUCCAUGUUGUCAUGUACAUAGCUGACUAUGGUAUUAUACUAGAGGCAGCUGGUAUUUCCGUUUUCACAAUAGGCGCCCUCUAUAUCAUAAAGUUUGAAGCAGAUACAGACAUUCAGACGAUAACUGUUCCAACCUCAUGGAAACUUGUACCAGGAUGGCAAAGUUUCUCUUACAUACAGCUGCUUUUCUCCUUCACUAACACCAGCUUAGAAAGUGCAACGUUAGCAGUUGAGUUCCUCUGGAAGUUAUUCCAGCCAAUGUUUGCUCUUCUGACUGUUUUACGUCUUUACUGUGUUGUCACCACACUACAAACAGCAUUGAUCACCAUCAGCUCUUCAGAAAAAGAGGAGAAUUGA